AUGUUGAUGGCCGCGCUUAUUGGUGGAAUCAGCAAGACUAUGGCUCACAGUAAUGCAGGUCCAACGAAAAAAGGCAAACUGAACUGUUAUGCUAGAUUUUUGUCCUUUGGCAAGGAGGCUCUCGAAAUCGAACUACCACCUCGAUCCGAUCAAGCGGGAUGGGGCCAUCGCAACAAGAAAUUGAGAGACUUGUGGAAAUCAAAGAGUCUGGAUGAACAGAUGGUUUUUCGCGACCCAUUCUUCUUUGCUUUAGCCAAGCUUCCAAAUCUAUCCUUAUCAAAUGAAGAACAUGUAACUGAACUGGAAAAUGAUGACGAGUUUAAUGAAAACAAAAAUCCAGUAGCUCAACUGGUGUCAGCCCCAAAGAUUCACCAGUUAUCAGAAGCCGAUGAGUUAAAAUAUCGACCAAUCUUUGACAAACUGGUAGAUGUUGAUAAAGUCCAUGCCAAUCACGGAAAGCCAGAAUCAACCGACUCUAUGGCGACCAUGCAGCUCAAGUCUUUAGCGGCAUUUCAAGCCGCUCAUCAUGGUUUUGCAACAGUUUGCCAACGAUUCCACAUUCACUAUCACCUGACUGCGCUCAGCUGUGAUGUUGAAGAUGGCUGGAAUCGAGUUUUAUCAACCGACAAGACGUUCUCAACGUGGGCUGAUGACAAUUUGAAAUUGACAACAAAGUUUAAGUAUUAUGUCCAUGGCAAGGCGGUGGCUCAGGAAAUCGAGAAGAAGCAACCUCAACCUGUUGAUGCGCGUAGGGGGGAAUUGACUAGAGAGCUCAAUAAACUGCUAAACGUACACAUGCCUGGCAAAAUAUUCCCCAAAUCAGGUAACCCUUAUGAAAUUAUUGAAGCCAAAGGUUGGCCAAUCCGACUCAAUCUGAAACCAGAAUGUUCACUUUUACCGGAAGAGUUGGCCAUGGGUUUCCGCGAUUGCAACGAUGCACUAAAGAAGAAGUGGCUCACCGACAUUCAAACUGGACACUUCACGAUUGAAAAGAUUCCCGCUUCCGAAAUGAUUCCAACAAAAAGACAACAAAAACACAAAUCAAGUAAAAAACAGAAAUCAAAAUCAACUCAACCACACGCUGCAUCACCUAUAAACACUCAAGAACAAACUCAAGAUCAAGGCACUUCGGCUCAAGGGUUGUCUCAACCCUCUCAAACACAAACCCUCUCUGAUCGAACUCAAUUACAAAAAGGUGAUUUGUCAAAGACAAAAAAGACAAAGAAAUCAAAGAAAUCUGCUAAGAAGGUUCGCCAGGAUGAUGAUGAAUCCUCUGAAACUGAGCCAGAUGAAUCGGAGCCAGAUGAAUCAGAGCCAGACGAAUCAGAGCCAGACGAAUCAGAGCCAGACGAAUCAGAGCCAGACGAAUCAGAGCCAGAAUUGUAG